GAUCCGUUCUUCAAAUUGGCAACGAAGCGUGUACGUGAGACAAUUCCGCACAGGUAUGGCCGACAUCAAAGGAACUGAUACAUUUGCUACCUUGAAGCAAGAUCUUCAAGUCGGUGAAGAAAAAUACCAGUACUUUAAUCCUACAGCUCUUCAUGAUGAAAAAUAUGAUCGCUUGCCAUAUUCCAUACGAGUGCUACUGGAGUCAGCCAUCAGGAACUGUGAUGGAUUCUUUGUCAACAAGAAAGAUGUUGAAAAUAUCCUCAAUUGGGAACAAAACCAGAACAAUGCAGUGGAAGUCCCCUUUAAACCUGCCAGGGUUAUCAUGCAAGAUUUUACGGGUGUACCAGCUGUGGUAGACUUUGCAGCUAUGAGGGAUGCUGUAAAGAGACUAGGAGGCAAUCCAGAAAAGAUAAAUCCUGUUUGUCCUGCAGACCUUGUCAUUGACCAUUCUGUUCAAGUAGAUUUCACAGGAAGUUUCCGUCCACGGAUAACGCGCAAUGCGCCGAAUCCUGGAGGGGGCAGCACCGCCCGGUUGUCCUGUGGCGGAGAUGCCGACAGCUGUUUAGCAUGCAUAGGACAGGGCUACCGGUUACCUAUUGUAGAUGAAAUCUGCCCGUACCAUCACUUGCCCUCAGAUUGUGCUGAAUCAUUGAAGAAGAACCAGGAUAUUGAAUUCCAACGCAACAAAGAAAGAUUUGUCUUCCUGAAGUGGGGAUCUAAAGCCUUGAAGAAUAUGUUGAUAGUUCCUCCUGGAUCAGGCAUCGUUCAUCAGAUAAACCUUGAAUACUUAGCCAGAGUUGUCUUCAACACAGAUGGUGUCUUGUAUCCUGACAGUUUAGUUGGAACUGACUCACACACCACCAUGAUCAAUGGACUUGGUAUUGUAGGAUGGGGUGUGGGAGGCAUUGAGGCUGAAGCCGUCAUGCUUGGUCAGGCUAUCAGUAUGGUACUUCCUAAAGUGGUUGGCUACAAAUUGACCGGUUCAAUGGACCCUCUAGCGACAUCAACAGAUGUUGUCCUUACCAUUACAAAGCACCUAAGACAAGUUGGAGUGGUAGGGAAGUUUGUAGAGUUCUUUGGUCCUGGUGUUGCUCAGCUUUCCAUUGCCGACAGGGCAACCAUUGCCAAUAUGUGCCCUGAAUAUGGUGCCACUGUUGGAUUCUUCCCAGUAGAUGGUGCAAGCAUUGCAUACCUCAGACAAACAGGUCGUGAUGAUCAUAAGAUCCAGUGUAUUGAGGCAUAUCUUAAAGCAACAAGGAUGUUCAGAGACUUCAAUGAUGCUAAUGAAGACCCUGUUUUCUCAGAGAUAAUUGAGCUUGACCUAGGGACAGUAAGGUCAUGUGUGAGCGGACCAAAGCGUCCUCAUGACAAGGUGAUGGUGAGCGAUAUGAAGCAAGACUUCUCCCAAUGUCUGAGUAACAAGGUUGGCUUCAAAGGUUUUGAUAUCCCUGCUGAUAAGCAUGCUACAUCAGUGCCGUUCCUCUAUGAUAACCAAGAAUAUAUACUAAACCAUGGUUCAGUGGUGAUUGCUGCUAUCACUAGCUGUACAAAUACAAGCAAUCCAUCUGUCAUGCUGGGAGCAGGUCUUCUUGCAAAGAAAGCAGUAGAAGCUGGUUUAUCAGUGAAGCCAUACAUCAAGACUAGUCUAAGCCCAGGCAGUGGGGUUGUGACAUACUACCUAAGGGAGAGUGGUGUUAUUCCUUAUCUCGAAAAACUUGGGUUCUUCAUUGUUGGUUUUGGUUGUAUGACAUGUAUUGGAAAUUCUGGACCACUAUCUGAACCUGUUAGCUCAGCCAUUGAAAAGGGAGAUCUGGUAGCAUGUGGUGUAUUGUCUGGUAAUCGUAACUUUGAGGGUCGUAUCCAUCCAUUGACCAGAGCUAAUUACUUAGCUUCGCCACCUCUAGUCAUUGCAUAUGCCUUAGCUGGAACUGUUUGUAUUGACUUUGAGACAGAGCCAUUAGGUCAGAAUGGAGAUGGCCAAGACAUCUUCCUGAGAGAUAUCUGGCCAAGCAGAACAGAGCUUCAAGAAGUAGAGAAGAAGAAUGUCAUUCCAUCCAUGUUUGAAGAUGUCUAUGGCAAAAUUGAGCAAGGGAAUACUAGUUGGAAUGACCUUAAGACUUCUGAUGACACAUUGUACCCAUGGGACCCAAAAUCAACUUACAUCAAAUCUCCUCCAUUCUUUGAAACCAUGACCAAAGAACUUCCACCAGCCAAGACCAUCAAAGAUGCUUCAGUCCUUCUCUUCCUUGGUGACUCAGUAACCACUGACCACAUAUCUCCAGCAGGUAGCAUUGCACGGAACAGCCCUGCAGCACGCUACCUUGCAAGUCUUGGACUCACACCACGUGAAUUUAACUCGUAUGGCAGUCGUCGUGGUAAUGACGCUGUCAUGGCCAGAGGAACCUUUGCAAAUAUACGUCUGCUAAACAAAUUCAUUGGUAAGGCAGGACCCAAGACUAUUCACAUUCCAUCAAAAGACACAAUGGAUGUGUUUGAUGCAGCUUAUCGGUAUCGUAAGGAAGGUCAACCACUGGUGGUAAUUGCUGGUAGAGAUUAUGGCUCAGGAUCAUCCAGGGACUGGGCUGCUAAGGGACCAUGGAUGCUUGGUAUUCAAGCAGUUAUAGCUGAGACAUAUGAGAGGAUACAUCGAAGCAACCUUGUUGGUAUGGGUAUCAUACCUCUUCAGUUCUUGGAAGGUCAGAAUGCUCAGACUUUGAAUCUGACUGGUGAAGAGAAGUACACUAUUGUUCUACCUGAAAACCUGAAACCAAGAGAGCAGAUUACAGUCAAGCUUGACAAUGGAGUGUCAUUUGAAGUAUGUGUGCGAUUUGACACUGAAGUUGAACUGACCUUCUACAGGAACGGAGGCAUUCUGAACUACAUGGUGCGUAGGAUACUGGAGGAAUAAAAAACCCAUUCAACUCAUCUACAAGGUCACAAUCAAAUUACAAGUAAUGUAGUUAACCAUUUCAUACGGCCAUCAUUACAUAUUUUUUGUUGUUUUGUUAUAGCAAACGUGUCCUUUUUAACAAAGUAUUCAUGGUUAGCAAUUCCGCAUACUAUUUACUGUCUUUACUCCUUUUGGAAUAUUCCAACAUGAUGGGCAUUGCAAACAAAUAUUAGUCCACUUCCUCUUAUUACAAUGUCUCUUGCUUUCCUUAUAUAGAUGGGAAUUUUAAUGGUGAAUAAUCCUUCUGGAAUGAUAUGUGGAAUAACUCUUCAAGAUGAUUUAUGUUAGGACAUUUUUCCUUGAAAGUCAGAAACGUGGUUGUUGAUUACUCAAGUUUUAUGUUAUAGCAGCAAAUGCAGGGUAUAUUUAAUUUAAUCAUUUAUUUCUUGAAUUAUGAUUUGGCAAAUUCAUGUAUGUAUUUACAACUUUUAUUAGUCCUUUCAUUAUUAUUAUUAUUUCAAUUAAAUAAUCAUAAUUCUUAAUGGGUAUGUAAACAUGAGGUGGACUCAUUUUAAGGUCUAGAGAUGUGUUGGCUUUGUCAUUUCUUCGAAGGUUAUACAUUUAGAACAAUGCAGUAUUUGUCUCAAUACAUACACAGCUCAUUUGGUUUAAUAAUUGUCACUUUGUCUUCACCCACUCUCCAUAGCCAAAUAUAUUUAAACCUCCCUAUGGGCCAGCUCAUGCUGUUUAAUGAACUUGUACAAUUUUCACAUAAUAGUGUUUUAAUUUCUUGGUCAAUGUGACAAUAAAUAACAAAGAAAGUGAGUUUGUAUGAAUAUGUAUAUUUAUUCAGAAUUGCAGAAAUAAUGUGUAAUUAUUUGUGAAUACUGAGUAAGCAAUGAAGGUUGAUAAGCCUAUACAAGUAUAUACCUCAAGAUGAGCCUUUUAUUAAGCUGAAAGUUACAGUGAUCUGUUUUGAAUUAAUUUGAGAAACAUUCUGUUUUCAAAUAAUUGCAAUGAGUAAUCACAGUGGAAUUAUUGAUUUGAAAUAGCAUAUCUAUCCCAAUAAUAACCUAUGUUGGAGCAGGUUUUAAGCUUGCAGUUUAUUUACAGUGUAUAGUAUGAAUAAUUGGAAGAGACAAAUGUCAUUCAGUCAGCAUAUUUUUUAAGUGUCUGCAGGAAAAGUUGGCUUUUGAUAUUAGUUUCUAUGAAUGAGCAAGUAACUAUCAAUUGAUACUGUACAUAGUUGAAAGUGUUGAAGAUCAUGUAUUAAAGUGCUCUCAUAAUUGAUGAUGCAUUUGAAUAAACUCAACCAUAGUUCACACAUGCUUCAUAAUCAUAACAAAUUCUUCACUGAGAUAUCCUACUCAUAUCGCAAUAUAGUAUUCUUGCUUUGACCAAACAACAGUAUGAAUGUUGUAAAUGGUUAUUUUCAAUGGAAAAAAAAGUACUAGAUUUCCAUGAAGGGAAAGUAUUUCAAAGGAUUUGAUAUCACUUGAUUAUAUUUUUAAUCAUUUUUAUUGAUCUCGAUCAAAUCCAAUUACCAUAUUGACAUGAACUACAAAUUCAUGUGAAGAUUCAUUUUGUUACAAGGCAAUGUUGUAUGUAUUAUUGACUAAUGCCUAAUUAACAGAGGACAAAUUACAUAUUUUAAUAUCAUUUUCUUCUAAUUUUAUGAUUUGAAUUAUAAUUUUUAUAUGGCUGUUAAAGUGAGUAUCCAUUUUUGCGAAUUUGAUGCAUAGAGAUGAUUAUGUAGUUUUAAAUGGCUUUAGUGAAUUAUGUGAAGCAAUAUGUGUAUUUAUGACUACUGUCAAUUCAUUCUUGUUUAUUCAUUGGAUAUCAUUGUGUUAUUAUGUAAUUCACUAUCAAAGAAAUUGAUAAUUUUUUGACAGCUUCUUGAAAGAUGAAUAAAAUUGUUAGAUUAAUUAAAAAACA